UUAAGAUUUUUAAAUAGAAGUAUUUCUGGCACCAGUUGAUUUAAAAAAAAAAAAUGUUUUUUACCGGAGUACCCCUUUAAGAGCAAAUUGGGGCAUAAAGCUGCUUUCAGACAUCUAUACAAACUGCAAAACUCUACAUUUAGGGUUUAUUAACCAUUUAACAUCCGGGUAAAGAUUGUGUAAGAGCCGUAAAUAUACAGCAUUGGCCGCAAGCUACUGCGGUGUCCUGGAAAUUGGGUCUUGGUCUCGUGAAGGCAGAGUCAGCAGAAUGGAUGUUCUAAGUGCAAAACCACAUUAGAAAUCUUUAGCGUUGGUAGCCCACCCAUUUCCAGAUACCCCUCCCUAUUUUCAUCUACUGGAUGAAUCGCACUACAUUGUAUGGGACCCAGCACCAUGGGCCAGACACCGUUCUUCUUCAGGGUCCUGAUCUGGAUCCAUUUGAUUCCAGCAGGGAUGUUUGAUUUAAAAGUUCUCCAGUCCCCUCCGUCUCUGGUCGUCACUCAGGGUCAGCUGACCAAGCUGGGUUGCUUUUUCUCUACUGAAUCUAAUAGAAAGGGUGCGGUGACCUGGUAUAAAGCUCCAUUAGAUGGGAACAUGACCUCCCUUCAAGCCGUUCCUCUGAGAAACCGCUUCUCUCUUGCUCACCCCAAGACUUUUCUGAGUGAAGGAGACGCCUCGCUGGUCAUCAGUAACAUCACCUGGGAAGAUGCUGGGAUUUACUUCUGCAACGUGUGUAUGUGGGAGAAGCCAGAGGAGCGAGGACCUGGGACCAGCCUCGUUGUGUACGCUCAUCCGUCACAUCCAGAGAUCUACCUGAAGGUAUCCGCCACGUCACAAGAAGACACAGUCCUUACUUGCCGCACAUCUGGCUACUACCCACCGGACAUCGCGAUAACUUGGCACAGCAAUGACAUUGACUUUCCCGAUCCUAGACCUUUAGAGAUAUGGAAGUCAGAUCACGGCAACUUUCAUGCUGCCCGUUACCUUGUCUUACCGUCAUGGUUUAAAACCAGCUUGCUGACUGUAUCCUGCAUUGUCCGUCACAUAUCUUUUCCAGCACCAUUGUACGCCAACUACUCUCACGAUCCGUCUCAGUCUGGCGUGAGCGGAUAUCGGCUCGUCGAAUAUCUGAACGUUCUUAAAAUAGCGCUGAUACUUGGCCUUACCAUCAGCAUUCUUCUGACAGUACAAAAGAGAUGCAAAAACAAAUGAGAAGAAUAAAGAUCCGACAUAUAUUCAGUACUGAGAAGGAAAUGGAAGGUGACACUGAUAAUUGCGCAGAUCCUAAUGAAUGACAUCAGAGCGAGAAGCAAUUGUGAUAAUCAGAUCAGUGACGGUCAUGUGCAGAUCUCACCCCGGGGCAACACAGCGCAGGAGGAAAUAUGGAACGCGCACAGACAGGCGACCUCUGAGAUUAUCCCCGAUCCUAAACACCUUAUUAGAUUCGCAAAUUGUAUCAUAUUAAAUAAUAUCAGGAAAUAAUGAAUGAUGUUUAUUGUAGCUGAAAGUCACUGUGUACAUACAUUACAUUACUUAUCCUGUACUGAUCCUGAGUUAUAUCCUAUAUUAUAAUCCAGAGCUGUACUCACUAUUCUGCUGGUGAAGUCACUGUGUACAUACAUUAUAUUACUUAUCCUGUACUGAUCCUGAAUUAUAUCCUGUAUUAUACUCCAGAGCUGUACUUACUAUUCUGCUGGUGAGGUCACUGUGUACAUACAUUACAUUACUUAUCCUGUACUGAUCCUGAGUUAUAUCCUGCAUUAUACUCCAGAGCUGCACUCACUUUUCUGCUGGCGAGGUCACUGUGUACAUACAUUAUAUUACUUAUCCUGUACUGAUCCUGAGUUAUAUGCUGUAUUAUACUCCAGAGCUGUACUCACUAUUCUGCUGGUGGAGUCACUGUGUACAUACAUUACAUUACUUAUCCUGUACUGAUCUUGAGUUAUAUCCUGUAUUAUACUGCAGAGCUGUACUCACUAUUCUGCUGGUGAGGUCACUGUGUACAUACAUUACAUUACUUAUCCUGUACUGAUCCUGAGUUAUAUCCUGUAUUAUACUCCAGAGCUGCACUCACUAUUCUGCUGGUGAGGUCACUGUGUACAUACAUUACAUUACUUAUCCUGUACUGAUCCUGAGUUAUAUCCUGUAUUAUACUCCAGAGCUGUACUCACUAUUCUGCUGGUGAGGUCACUGUGUACAUACAUUACAUUACUUAUCCUGUACUGAUCCUGAGUUAUAUCCUGUAUUAUACUCCAGAGCUGUACUCACUAUUCUGCAGCAUCAGACCUGAAAUCUCCAGGCAUUUCCUGUUGUUCGG